UUUGGUCAUCGCUCGAUUAGCACCAUUUUACGCAACCCACACUAAUAACGCCGGUUUUACACCCCAACGGCCAACCCACAACACGAACAGUAGAGGCCUUCCAGUAUCUUCAAUUCAUAAGCGGCCAUUUGGGCAAAUAUGUUGGGCUUGAGAUUAGGCUCACUAGAAUUCUUUCAUCUGAAUGACGAUUAAUCAUUCCAGUUUCUACCGAUUAUUUAAACCCAUUGAAUCUUCAUCAUUUUGGUGUGGAAGGGAUGCAUUUCAUGGCUCUUUAAUUGGAAAAUUUAAGCAGUGUCACAACACUCCUUGUGCUAAAGGUUCCGAUGAAUCACAACCGUUUAGUUUAAUUUGCUGCCCCUGUUUUAGCACAGAUUCGGUGUGUCAAAGCACUUCGAAGAGAAAUUGUUCGACUUCUUAUGAAAUACUUGGAUCCGGAGUGAUUCUCUUGAAGAACUACAUCAGUCUCAAAGAUCAGGUUGAUAUAGUGAAUAUAUGUCAAAAGCAUGGUGCGGGCCCCGGGGGGUUUUACGAGCCUAGUCACCAAAGUGGAGCUAAACUUCGACUACAAAUGAUGUGUUUUGGUCGAAACUGGGAUCCUGUAACAAAGUAUAAGGAAUGUUAUAGAAGUGAUGGUUCUAAAGCACCACCGCUUCCAUACGAACUUAUUUCAUUCGCUAAAACUUCAGUUCAAAAUGCUCAAAAACGUAUGAAAGGACUUCCUUCAAUGUGCCCUGAUAUAUGUAUAGUCAAUUUUUAUUCACCAGUCUACGGUCGACUUGGCCUUCAUCAGGAUCGCGAUGAGAGCUCUGAUAGCCUUCGAAGAGGAUUGCCUGUGGUUUCUAUCUCCAUUGGUGACACUGCAGAAUUCUUGUAUGGCUAUACAAGAAACAAAGACAAGUUAGACAAAGUUUUGUUGCAAUCAGGUGAUGUGUUGAUAUUCGGUGGCAAGUCAAGACACAUUUUUCAUGGGGUGACGCAAGUAUUUCCAAACACGACUCCUCUGCCAUUAUUACAACAAACCGCGCUUAGACCAGGCCGUCUAAACCUUACUUUACGACAAUUUUGACCCAACUCGUUUUUCUAGAAGUUCCGUUUAGGGUUUUCUGUUUCUCGUCCUUUUUGUCCAAAAUGUCAUGUUUCGUGUUUGUCAUUUUCAUCAUACAGUGGCGUGUUUGUGGUUUAUUUAAAGUAACUAGUGAUUGAGGUUGAA